UCCAGCUCUUAUCUUUCUCCCAUUAACUCAAUUGAAGAAAAUUACUGAGCGGCAGCCACCAGAACAUCGGUGCUGACUGCAAAUGUUCUCUGGGAAAAUUCAUUUCUCACAAUUUGUUUAUUGUUUAGCAGUGAAACCCGGAAACCUUGAUAAAUCAGCAAAAUGAAGCUCCUCCUGACAGCACUGCUACAGGCACAGCUGUGCAUAUGCAGUGUGGCAGCACAAGAAGAAUACUAUGGUUAUUAUGAGGAAGGAGCUGCAGUGGAAGAAGAGUAUGCGGGAGAAAGAUUCUACACACGUCGCAACAGACCUACCACUGAGCCGGCGGGAGGAGAAUCACACCGCACACGCAGACGUCACACUCAACCGCGACUGAUCACCGAGCCGAGACCAAUAAGAGAGAUGCUUGGUGUUUAUCAUGACGACAUAAAUGAUGUUGUGGACUCAGAGGUCCACGAAGAGGGAGUGAAAUAUAGGUUUGAUGAUAGCGUUAUCGAACGUGUGAGAGAGGACGUGAUCCCAGAGCUGUGUUACUUGACUUCAGAUAACAUCACCAUCUACAACUCCUUCCUGCUGGACCGAAACUGCAUGGAAGAAUUUGAGAGUGUCAGCCCUCAGUGCGUCGGAUUCAAAUGUGAUCUCGCUCACUACUUCCUGGAACACGGAGCACAGAUAUUCACGGACUUCUUCAACGCCACCGAUUACAAGGAAGGCAUGGAAAUCAUCCACAGGGAGUUGUCAACUGCAUUUGAGAAAUUGGACAUGUGUACCUGCGGACGGGAGUUCUUCAAAGCUGCAUUCAAAUGUGCCCCAUUCUAUAACGCCAAUGCUCUUUUUGCUGCAACUGGCAAUAACGAAAAUGAUAUUGUAGCGUUCGAAAAGAUUGCUAGAAACGUGGACGUUAAAUCUGCGAGCAAGUUCUUUGAUAGAUUGCUGGCGGGAGUGUGUGAGGAAACCAGCACUGGAAUAUGUCUCAACUCUAUUUUCAACGUUCUUGAGGAGUUAGUAGAGAUGGGUGUGAAUACUGUUGAGGAUUUAGACGAUUACGAUGACGGUGGCAGAAAGUACAAGAAGACUCAAGAAAAACGUUGCGAUGCUAUGUUUGGCUCAUACCGCGUUUGGACUAAAGACGGUCGGGAUCCGACUUUUGACGGAGGAACUGAGGAGUUUUGGGAAGUGGCGCUCAACAUGACCGCCAAAGCAACCAACGCUUUCUACUGCGAAAAGAAAUGUAAGAAGGACAGAGGAGCCUUGUACCCGUGCUGUUUGAGGAGAAUGCUGGAGGAUGAGAAAAUGUUCGACAACGUUCAGAGAGUGGUUGAAAGUGUGUACAAGAUCAUUCCCGCCAUGGAUCCCGACUUUGAGUGGCAAAGCUUUUACGAGUUGGACAAUAGUUUCGAAAGAGAAUGGUCUGCUCGGGAAAUGGAAAAGAGAGCCUCCUGGACGGUCCCUGCAAACAUUCGUGAUGACUUAAUGAGGACUCUACACGCUGCAAAAUAUUGCGAGGGAAAGAUUGUUCGGUGCUCCAAGUAGUUUCGUUGAAGUUUAUGCAUUAUGGAGAUGGAUCACUCGUACUUUUGCGACUCCAAAUUGGAUAAUGGAUAAUGGAUAAUGGAUAAACAUAAGGCCAAGGGGCCGUUCACAUAUUACGUAAUCA